AUGAAGCUCUCGACAUUGCUGAUUGCUUACGUCGCUCUUCCGGCGACUGCAUUUGUCUCUUCCCGACCUCGACUGCACAAAACUACUCUGAAUCCGCAGAGGCGGCGUCCUCAUGAUGGGAACGCCUUCGAUCCAAUCCCCGCCUCUUCACUAUCCAAACGACGACUCUCGACUUCUUCUAUUGUGGAAACGGCUUCGUUUAUUGGCAACUCCUUGCUGAAUAGCACUGGUCAUGUUCCUUUCAGCCAAGCAUUGACGCUGAAUGUCUUCCUCUUUACCACAUUGAGAUCCAAAUUGCUGAAGGUGCUGACGCCACAAGGAAUGCUGCAUGCUUGCGCCCUUGGAAGCGGCCUGUGGGCCACGUUAGGAUGGAAAGGCUGGACUCUUUGUGUUGCCUACUUAUUUUUUGGGUCAGCUGUCACCAAGGUUAAGUUUGCAGAAAAAGAACAACGUGGGAUCGCCGAGGGGCGUGGGGGCAGAAGAGGGCCUGAAAACGUUUGGGGGUCGGCUGCCACUGGGCUUAUGUGCGCCAUCUGUGCUGCUCAAGGUGAUUCCUUCCUUGGUAUUUCAUCAGACCUCUUCAUUCUUGGCUUUGUUGCAUCACUAGCGACAAAACUUUCUGAUACAUUUGCUAGCGAGAUUGGAAAGGCCUAUGGCAAGACAACAUUCUUGAUUACGACGUUGGAAAGGGUGGAACCUGGAACUGAAGGUGCGAUAUCGGCAGAGGGGACAGCAGCAUCUGUUGUCGGUGGAUUGCUGGUUUCCCUGUAUGGGUGGUCGAUCGGCUUGAUAAAUAUCGAGGCAAUUCCAAUUUCGGUGUUUGCGGCAUUCGCUGCGACAAACGUUGAGAGUGUGCUGGGAGCGACAUUGCAAGGAAAGAAGAAUCUCGAAUGGAUCACAAAUGAAGUGGUUAACUUCAUCAAUACUUUGGUUGGUGGUGUAAUAGCGAUUGCCAUUGGAGGAACCUUCCUUUCAAUUUGA